CUGUCAUUGACCAAAACACGCGCCGGUCUCCGUGGCAGCCGAGGGGCGGGGGCGCGGACGCGGGCGGGGGACGCGCCCCGCACCGCCGCCGUUGCGCAGUGCAGACCGGGAGAGGCGAGCAGGGACUCAGGGAGCAGGGCGGAGCGGGGCAGAGGUGAUCGAGGUGCUCUCAAGAAAUGAACCUGUAACCUUCCGGGACUCCGGCGAUCCACUGACCACGCGCUCAACAUGCGGACAGGUGUGUUCAUGGAGCCUCACCUGGACCGGAUGGGCUCCUGUAUCUUGUCUCUUCUCCUACUGAUACACCUGUGCCUGGCAGCUCCGGGCCUCACCGGCUCAGAGAGAGAGGAAACACUCGAUGCUCACCCCCCUUUUGUAGCACUGCGCAAUCCAUUUGGCUCUGCAGAGGAGGAUCGUGGGCUGCUGCAGAGUUACAUUCAGGAGAACGUGAAGAGCAGCCCCGAGGAGCCAGAGCUCAGCACCAGGGAACAAGAGGUCUUCUUCUUGUUUCGACUUUAUGACUAUGAUCGCAGUGAUUUCUUGGAUGGUUUGGAGAUGAUGAAAUUACUCUCAGACUACAACUCCCAUCAUACACCUGGGGCACAGGCCAGUGAGCAGGUGGUUUCCAUGGUGGAUUUCUUACUCCAGACUCAGGAUUUGAACCACGAUGGCCUGCUGACGCCAUCUGAGCUGCUCUCUCCUCCACUCACUCACACACAGGACUCGAGUAACGCUGCACCUCCCCGUGAGGUGAAAGUGGAGGUGGAGACGUCAAACACCAAUACUGAAGAGAACGCAGAAGCGACAGAGCAGGAGGGGGGAGAGGAGGGCCAUGAAGACAUGAAAUUUCUAGAGGAAGAGCAACCUCAACAUGAAGUGGAAACAGAAGAACAGGAAGUUCAACAUGAAGAACAACAAAUACCAGAAGCAGCAGCGCAGGAGGAGCAAGUCCACAGAGUCCCCGUGCAUCAAGGGCAGCCAGAGAUAUGAGUGCACGCACAAACGAGGAGCCACCACUUUAUCAAACUGAUGCUUUGAAGAACUAUCUCUUGAGAAUUGUCUUCCCCACAGAUGGUCUUUUUUUCUGGGAUUGCUGCUGUGGAUUACAAAGUGAUUUGAGCGUUGGGAUACUCUCCGUGUGAAUGAAAUGAUUCCCCGAGCUGAUGAAGAAACAAAAGGCCAGAGUUCAAAAUGCAAUAUUGACAACAAAAGUAAAACAAAAGCCAUUACUGAUCAAAUAAAGCUGUGUUGUUGUUGUUCUUGUUUUUUUUUUUUUGUUUUUUUUACCAUAUUAUAUCAAAUCUAAAUUGCUGAUAAAAUGUAUUUCACAGCACCGACGUUGUUCCAUUUACUUGACACUACCUUAGCAUUUAUGUCUACCUUCUCAGCUGUCAAAUGGAUUUUAGUGUUUGAUGUCCACAUUUCGGGGCUUUAUGAUAUUAUGAUAUUAACAUAUGUUUAGCAUUUAGCUUUUACGUGCAUGGACUGCACCUGAUCUGUUUUCAUAAGCAGUUUUUCCUGUCAUCCUUUACUCCCCCCAAAAAUGUUUUCCUGAAGAGUUCACUUACCGUGUAAACAGUAAUAUAAAACUCUGAUUUAUUCAUUUCUUCACAGAGUUAGAGCUUUUUGCAGUCUGAUCCAUUUCAAGUCAUUUUUUCAGGUCAAGUUCGAACAAAAUAAAAAGUGAAUAGAAUGAUUGAUUUAGGCUAUGCCGGCAUAUAGGAAGUGUUUACAAUUAAAACAAUUCAACUUUUAGUUCUCCCAUUAAUACCAAUCACACUGCUGGAAAAAAGAGUAUGUAUUUGUCUUGUUUGUUUGAAUAUGUUGAAUUUGUUAUAGCUGAGAGAAAUAAUGAAGUUACAAGGGCACAGUGUAUUGUUUUUAUAUCAAAUUAAAUUGAAAUUAUAAUUGAAAAAAUUGGUCUUUUCUAAACUCGUUGACCUGACAUGAUUCAUUCUCCUCCUAAAUGGAAAUGACUUAAAUAGCACAUAUUAAAAAUCAUGUACCAGUGAUUGAAUUAUCACUAAUCAUUCAUUCUCACACAGCAUCAGCCCUGAUUAUUCAUCUUGUCUUGUGGAAUUUUAACCUUUGCCGUCUGAUCUUUGCACAUGGGUUUCUGGUUGAUUACAGCCUCACGCAUAGAGUAGUGGAGGUUUAACUGAUUAGCCAUGGGCAGCUCACAGAGAACACAGGCUGACUCUGAAUAGGAGGACUACUUGUUGAUCAUUUUUUCAAGCCUCAGCUUCACUGUUCAAAGCAGAGUUACUGAUAUUCAUCCUCAUUCUAACUGAGUCUAAUGAAGAAUAACAGUUGUUUUUCAUUUAGUUACACAUACAUACAGUCCACUGUCCACAGAUAAUCCUAUUUUACCCCAUUAUAAAUAUUCAUUUCAUGUUUUGUUUUCAGUAAGGUUUCUUUUUUAUGCCUAAACGUUAUGCUCUCUUUUAUUUUUAGUCUAACAGUUGUAUCAUUUUGUAACACAGCAAAUUUGUAUGGAUGUGAAU